AUUUGUUUAUUCUUUAGUAUUGUAUGCUUGUAUGUGUGUGUGCGUGCUGUAUGGUGUAUGGUGUAUGCUUGUGUGUCGAGACCGGAUCAGYGUCUGUUGUAUUCCCAAACAACAGUGCUCUGGCGUGCCCGCGACAAUUCUAAUUGUAUUUGAAGGAGGCCAUCUUGUAGUCGAAGCCGUGAUGUGCUCGUAUUGUGACCUAAGGAUCUAUUGGUUGYUUSCUAAAGGCUUUGCGUGCCCCUUACCAUUCCUCGUUCAGGAACGACGGGGAAUCAUAGAAGGAAUCUUCRAUGAGAUUCGCCAGGACACCGUCGUCGGCUUCUACGGCUCGUUCCAGGACGUCUUCGUGGUUCAUCUUCUCCAACAGGUUGAGUUCCGUGCGGAUCUUCUUGAUGGACGAUCCCGCUUCCAGCAGCUUGCGCGUUCCAACGUAGACCUGCAUGUCCGGGACGCCGUUGAUCUGGAGUUCUUCCGUGAUGAAGCUCUGGGACUUUGGUGUGAACUCGAUCGAAGCAAAUCGCACGUCGCCGUCGAUGAGUUGCUGAUCGAUGAUUCGGUCCCCCAUGUCCAUGGCGAGGCGGUUGAACUGGAGGCCCAGUCGCUGGCAUUUCUURCACCACUUUGCGUGGAAUCUASAAUCGGAKAGAGAUGACCGUUGGGUCAGGUCAGAUUGCAUUCGAUUCAAUUCGAGAUCUCAUCGUCCAAACAUCGGAGGGACGGGUUGCUAAACUUACUUGAUGACAACUGGUCGUUCGUCUUCUUCCAAAAACCAUUUGAGYUCGUCCAGAGAUGAAAUUUCUUCUAUCAAUGGCUUGGAGGAUGGUUUGCUCUUUCUUACCGGGAGAGGUCUUUCGAUUUUUGUAGCUUCCCCCAAGGUCGUGUCCGAUUGGUAAUUCARGUCAGAGUUGGCCAGGUUCAUUGCCGAUGCCGAGUUAGGCGGUGGCGGMGUAAACGAUUGGCAUACGAAAACACAACUGAGUAARGCGACGAUGUAAAAGGUUCUAGCGAUCAUGGUUUUGGAUUGUUCUAUUGUAGUAAUGGUGCCGGAAGUGCGGUUGUGGUCUAGAGAAUUCUAUUUUGUGAGGAGAUACCAAUCUUCGGUUGCGUCCACAGAUCACAGCAUGGAGGAAGCAGAGUCUAUGUGWCCCUUGUGAUCAUCGGCGGGUGCUUCUGCUUUYGGGUGCUGAAUUCUUUGAGAGCUGCUAUGAUGUUUCGUCGAAGCAUCAACUCCGAUGUCACCGUGUUUGACAAGGGUCCGUUGCACAAGACCGGAAUCCACAAAAAUGCCACCAACAUCGCUCAUGGACUCUUCGGGAUUGACAAGUUCCUUCUUUUCGMURGAAACUUAUUGUUUUUCCGUGCCUGUGAUUGGACUAAAAAUUUAUCUGCUAG